GGGUGUCAGAGGGAGAAAAAACAGUAAGCAAAAGAAAGGCCGACGCACAGCCACGGAGCCGCCCAACGGAUCCAAAGCGCGAUCGUCGCUGCCCACAGUAUUUAAUAUUUCUCGGGACAUCCGCUGCGGCAUCGGGAUCGCAGUUAGGUAACGUGGCGGGGGCCUCACGCCGACACCCACCGCACGGAUGGAAUUGGAAUCCCUUCCCCACCGUUGAGCCGCCGCUGUCGCUUCCGAUCCACGCCUCUCUCUCUCUCUCUCUCCUUCCUCCCUGUCUCCCUUCCCCUCUUAGCGAGAUUGUGGUUCUCGCCGACGCGGCCAGAGCACCCGCCCUCAUUCCUUCCGCCGCCCGCGGUCACUACCAUGAGCGGAUGCCCUAGGCGGCGCCACCUCUCGGAUCUCGUCGGCAGAUCCACCCCCUCCGCGCUCUCCAAUGGACGCUGCUUCUCGGCCGGCCGUUGUCAUCGACAACGGAACCGGGUACACAAAAAUGGGAUUUGCUGGCAAUGUUGAACCAUGCUUCAUCAUCCCUACAGUAGUUGCUGUCAACGAGUCUUUCUUAAACCCGUCAAGGAGUUCUAGUAAGGGAAAUUGGCUAGCACAGCACAGUGCAGGUGUAAUGGCUGAUCUUGAUUUUUUUAUUGGAGAGGAGGCUUUAUCGCAGUCUCGCUCUAGCAGUACAUAUAAUCUUAGUUAUCCUAUACAUCAUGGACAGGUAGAAAAUUGGGAUACAAUGGAACGAUUUUGGCAACAGUGUAUUUUUAAUUACUUGCGCUGUGAUCCAGAAGAUCAUUAUUUUCUAUUGACCGAGAGCCCGCUGACUGCUCCGGAAAAUCGUGAAUACACAGGGGAAAUCAUGUUUGAGACAUUUAAUGUCCCUGGUCUGUAUAUUGCAGUCCAGCCUGUCCUUGCUCUUGCUGCUGGAUAUACUACUUCCAAGUGUGAAAUGACAGGGGUUGUAGUUGAUGUGGGAGAUGGAGCUACACAUGUUGUGCCAGUUGCAGAUGGUUAUGUGAUUGGGAGUAGCAUCAAAUCCAUUCCUAUCGCGGGCAAGGAUGUUACUCAAUUUAUUCAGCAACUUUUGAGAGAAAGGGGAGAGCAUAUACCACCAGAAGACUCUUUUGAAGUAGCUCGGAAGGUGAAAGAAAUGUAUUGUUACACUUGUUCAGACUUAGUCAAGGAGUUCAAUAAGUAUGAUAAGGAGCCUUCUAAGUAUAUCAAGCAUUGGACUGGUGUUAAGCCGAAGACUAGAGCACCAUACUCCUGUGAUAUAGGAUAUGAGCGCUUUCUUGGGCCUGAGGUAGAUUUCUUCCAUCCUGAGAUACACAGUAGUGAUUUUACCACUCCUUUACCUGCUGUAAUUGAUAAGUGCAUUCAGUCAUCCCCAAUUGACACAAGGAGGGCCUUGUAUAAGAAUAUAGUGUUAUCUGGAGGAUCAACCAUGUUCAAGGACUUCCAUAGAAGAUUGCAACGAGAUCUAAAAAGGAUAGUGGAUACACGAAUUGUUGCAUCUGAUGCCCGAUUUGGUGGGGAUGUUAAAUCUCAGCCCAUUGAAGUUAAUAUAGUUAGCCAUCCUAUCCAGAGAUUUGCCGUUUGGUUUGGAGGUUCAGUACUUGCAUCUACACCUGAAUUUUAUCAGGCUUGCCACACGAAAGCAGAAUAUGAAGAAUAUGGUGCAAGCAUAUGUCGAACAAAUCCUGUCUUCAAAGGAAUGUAUUGAAUUAGAAAAAGAUCAUGUCUGAUAAAUGUAAGGUUCAUCUCUGUGAAGCUAUUUAGGGACAACAUUACUCUCCUCUGGAUCUCCCCGGUGCAUCCCUAUCUGUACAGCUGAGAAGAUCAUGGAGGGAGGGCCUUCAUAUGAGUUGUACAAUACUUGUAUCAGUAGAAAGCCUCAGGUUUAGUGCUGCCAAUUGAUUCUAUAUUGAUUUCAUGAAGUAUUUAUAUAUUUGAUAAAACAAAAGAAAAGGGGAAGUUCCCGCUUGUACCCUAGCACAAUACUUUGAGCUACUAGAUACUGAGCAAGAACCUGAGCUGCACGACCUUUGUAGUGUACGGCAUAGCUAAUUCAACACCAUUUUUUUCAGUAUAAUCACUUGCAAGUAGAUCUAAGCAACAAGCUGAACUUUGCAGACUCUUAAUUCACAUUCUUGAAAACAACAUUGGACUUUGCAUCAA